AUGGACAAUAAUUUACUAACGUUGCACGUAAACUAUAGAACAAGUGCACGGAAACCCGAUGAUGAACUAUUGGCAGAUUUCAGGCAGCAGUUUCCAGAAGUCUCUACUGGAGUCACAGAACCUACGGCUCCAGCCAUCUCUCAGGCAACAACAGCAGUUUUCAAUCCCGUUAUCAAUGCACCGACUCACGAGAGAGUACAUGUUGAAAAUGAAGCCUUUCGAGACAUGGACCCAACACCUCGGGCUGUUAAUGACCCUUGGCGAUUUACACCAUCGCUCUUAGACGCUAAUGCCUUCUCUUUCAACCCUCUCACUCCUGGAGCUACCGUUGCCACUGGAAUCCCCGUUGUCACCGGCGUCCCUGUUGUUACUGGCGUCCCUGGUGCUCAACCCUACUAUCCUCCUACUCCUGGAGGGUCUGGCACUUUGCUCCCGCAAGUGAUGGAGAUGCAGCCUCCUCCUAGCAUGGCUAUCAGCACUGGCCUGGAGACACCUUUAUCGGUACCCACGACACUUGAUAUCAUACAACCUAGUGUUGAAGUUUCUAAUCUGGCAGUCUUUCCUGCGAUAGAAGCUCAUCCGAUAGCCCCCUUUGAUCCUUUUGCUCAGGCGCCGCCGCCUCCGCAACCGGCCUUUGUGCCGUCCGAAUUUGUACAUCAUGAUACAGGAUACGAAACGAUGGAGCCCGAUGGAUCCCCAAUGGACUCUGAUCCAUCAGACGAGCGAAUGCCGACGAUCGCCUCUGCGCUACAUCCACAGCAACUAGCAGUCGUGCAAAACGUUCAACCUCUUCCGCCUGCCGCCGAAAAGUUUCGCUUCCACUCGACCUUGAAUGCUCCAACGGCUAUGGUAAAGCAUGCCACCGAGAUUCCAGUCACUUACCUCAAUAAGGGACAAGCAUACACCUUAUCUGUCGUGGAUACAGGCGUCCAUCCUCCAGUCAGCCCCGGGACUCGAUAUAGGACCUAUGUGCGUAUAUCAUUCGAAGAUGAACAUCAGCGACAAAAACCAGGUGUUUGCUGGAGCCUGUGGAAAGAGGGAAGAGGGACAAAUGAAGCUCACCAAAGAGGAGGCCGGCUCCAAGCUGUUGAGUAUGUUGAAGCCGGCCAGCCUGCCGAAGGCGAUGAUAAGAGAACUCGGAUAGAGCUGGAGUCGUCUUCCUUUGACUGCUUUUCUGUUAUCUGGACCCCAGGCUUGAAUGGCGCCGUUGAAGCUAAUAUCCCCGUUCGCUUCAAUUUCCUUUCAACAGACUUCAGUCAUUCAAAAGGUGUUAAAGGUAUUCCGGUUCGACUCUGCGCCAAGACUAGCCUCUUUACCUCAGAUCAGCUACCCUCGCCUCCGGAUGCCGUUCCUGAGAUUUGCUAUUGCAAAGUCAAGCUUUUCAGGGAUCACGGUGCUGAGCGAAAGUUGUCCAACGAUGUAGCUCAUGUGAAAAAGUCGAUUGACAAGCUCAAGCAGCAAAUUGCGCAGGCUGAGAGUGGACUGAAAGAUUUCAAGCGAAAAAGAAUGAACGGCUUGGGUAAAGCAGGGAUGCCCGGCAAGAUACACAAACACAAGAGAACUUGGUCUAUGUCUUCAGCUAGCUCUGCUGGUGGCGCAGCUCCUCGCCUCUCGUUGGAAGAUGACUUGCAAUUCAAGUUGCAGACACUUCAGGAUAUGUUUACAAGUACGAGGCCGGUGAGCGUUUUGUAUUUACGGGGUGAGGAGCUUGACGACCCUGACCUGCAUCCCGUAUCGCUACAGGGCGACUCGUCGUCUGGCAAGGUGGACUUUUUGCGCGAAGGAAGCAUUUGGCAGGCCCGCAGCACCCACAGUUCUGUAGCUGGCUCACUGGUUUCUCCCUCCCCUAGCUCACUCUCUCUAGCAUCUCAGGCAUCUGUUAUCGGCUCUGGCGUCCAGUGGCAGAACUUCGACUCGACCGGCGUCAAGAGGGUGGAAAAUCCCACCACAAUUAGCAAAACAGACGACGAUGGUACCUUGAGUGGAUGGAUUGAAGCACUAGGCGUUGACCCCUCUUACCGACCUCCUCCUGAACGGCCCGUGAAACCAGUUGCAUGUUUCUACGUUGCCCGCAUAGGACAAACGGAGCCCGGAAAGAAAGAAUACCACAGGGCGAUUUACCUUUCUGCGCGUACACUCCAAGAACUCAACAAUCGGAUCGGCGCCAAGUGGGGUCUCGACCCAUCUCGUAUUAUUCGAACAGUACAUGCGACAAAGAUUGGUAUAGAGAUCGAAGUGGAUGAUGAAGUGGUACAGGAGCUGAAAGAGGGCCAAGAUAUGCAGUUGGAGAUUGAAGAAGUGGUUGAACAGCCACCGAUGAAACGGGAGUGGGAGAUGUCGAUUGAUGACGCACCCGAGGCGUCUCCAUCAACAGCAGGCCUAAUUCUUAGGCUUAUUUUCUAA